AUGGAAGCUGUACCUGUUUCUUCAAUAGUGGGUCCUCAUGGAGCACCACAGGCAAUUACAGUUCAACCUGGAGCAUUUCCAGCGAGAGCGGAUAUAUGGAUGCCGUUACCUGUGCCAGUAGAAGGAGUACCAUCCGGCCUAGAAUAUCUGACAAUGGUUGAUAAGAUAAUUAUUCAGCAGAUCCAUGAAGUAGUAGAAGUGAUAACUGGCUUCGAGACAAGGAACAAAUACGCUUUGAGAAAUGCCAAUGGAGAACAGGUGUACUAUGCCUUUGAGGAAUCGGAAUGCUGCGAAAGGCUGUGUUGUGGACCGGGUAGGGGUUUCACGAUGCACGUUGUGGAUAAUUUUGGACGGGAAGUUUUGCGGAUUCAACGACCAUUCAGAUGCUGUGGACGAGGUUGUUAUGGUCUUCUAGCAGGUGUUCCAGGCUGUGGAUCAGAGUGCACAAUCGAAUCACCUCCUGGCUACGUUAUAGGUACCGUAGAGCAACGGGCAACCUUCUGUGCUAGCUCGUUUGUUGUGAAAGACAACAAGGAUGAGGUGAUUCUACGAAUCGAUGGACCAUGUUGCUGCUUGUUAUGUGGAUGCCAGGAUAAGGAAUUUCCUGUGACCUUACCAUCAGAUGAACAUAUUGGAUUUAUUACGAAAAAAUGGGGUGGUGUCCUAAGAGAGAUGUUUACAGAUGCUGAUAUUUUUGGUGUUACAUUUCCUAUAAAUUUGGACGUGAGAGCGAAAGCGGCACUUCUUGGGGCAACGUUCCUAAUUGAUUUUAUGGAAUUCGAACAAAACAGAAGAAGGAACGUUUGA